GAUUAGAAACUGGUCUUUAUUUUUCACUUUUAAUUCAGUGGAGUUUAAAUGUUUAAUUUUCGGAUAAUCAACUAAAUCAUCAUCAUUUUCCCAUCGACACCAAACAAACACAAAAAAGCUCACAUAUGAGUAACAUAGUUUCUUACAUUAUUGAUAAAUACAAUGACGUUAUGUCAGCGGCGGAUCCUCGGGUCGCUAAAUGGCCUCUCAUGGAUUCACCUUUACCAACCAUCACAAUUUGCCUUUCAUAUGUUUAUUUUGUCAAAAUUUUGGGACCCAAAUUAAUGGAGAACAGGAAACCAUUUGAAGUGAGAAAGCCGAUGAUUAUUUACAACUUUUUGAUGGUCAUUUGUAGCGCGAUUCUUGUUUUCAAUGGAUUAAGAUACCAAUGGUUAAAUGGAGCAUCUUUAAAAUGUGAGCCUGUUGAUUACUCGACAAACUAUGUGCCAAUGAUGACUGCCUACAAUUCAUAUUUUUACUUUUUAACUAAAUUCAUUGAGUUUAUGGACACCAUUUUCUUUGUAAUUCGCAAGAAAAAUUCACAAAUUUCCACUCUUCAUGUAAUCCAUCAUGGUAUCAUGCCUUUCAGUGUUUGGUGGGGAGUCAAGUUUGUCCCAGGGGGACAUGCGACUUUCUUUGGAUUCUUGAACAGCAUCGUCCACAUGGUCAUGUAUACUUACUAUGGAUUAGCGGCUCUCGGUCCUCAUAUGAACAGAUUCUUAUGGUGGAAAAAGUAUUUAACCGCCUUCCAAAUGAUUCAGUUCGUCAUGAUCGGAGUUCAUUCCUUCCAGUUAUUGUUCCGUGAAUGUAAUUUCCCAAAGAUUUUCGUUCUAUGGAUUGGAUCACAUGGUGUUCUUUUCUGGUUCCUUUUCUCUGAUUUCUACAAGAAAACCUACUCACAGAAACAAAGGAUAAAAAAGGAUGACGAUGCUCAAUGUAAAAAACAAGAAAAGAAACUUUUCUUCUCAUGUAAUCAGACAGAAACUCUGUUGGAUUACAUGAAAUACGAGCCUACCCUGAGUGGUUAAUCCCUUUGAUCCUAAUCCUCUUCCCUUUCCCCUUAACUAGCUCACUUUGAACAAUCUCCUUUUUUUUUAAAAAAAAAAUCUCUCUCUCUCAAAUCUAAAUCUAUUGAGUGUAUAGCUAAUCAACCAAAAGUUGACCCUCUUGACCGUUACUCAGAAAAAUCUUGAAGAAAAAAAUUCUUUCCUAAAAAUCAUCGCUCAAUCACCAUGAAACUUUGGAACUGACUUGAUCAUUGGCUUGUUUCAUACACUUUUGUUUCUCAUCUUUUUUUUAAAAGAAAAAUCAUCCCAAGGUUGAUCAUCAAGAUAAUCCUCUUAAUCCUUAUCCUCUCUCUCUCUCUCUCUUAAUCCUUUUGUAAAUUUUUUUAUACAAUAUUUUACAACAUUGUAAUUGUGCUGAAUAAGUUGAACAUCCAAGAAUCAUUUACAUGGAAGCAAAAAACACCACGAACCUGAAGCCAUUGAUACACAAUCCACACCAUGAACACACAAGCAUCUUAAUAUUUUAUUAUCAUCUUAUUAUUAUUAAUAUACUUUGCGAGAAAUCAAUUGAUCGCAAAUCAAUUUUCACAAAUAAAUUGUCCACAAAAAAUUUAUACAAAUUUUUUUUAAAACCAAAACAAAA